GCCCAAACCACCAAGCCCACGUGAACUUUCAAGAACAUUCGACUUCUUCUAUCUUGUUCCUGGAUAUCCGACCACCUUCGAACUACUGACAAUUCUGACAAAAAUAACAGUUUUCUGAACCAAAAAAAAAAUAAAGAUUUUUUGGACUUUUGGUGAAAUGAUUGGAACUAAAACUUUAGUACCAGCUAUAACUAAAUUCAUCAGAACUACGUUUCCAUCUGGAAGUAGAAUUGUUGGAACAAUGACCCCUAAGAAGCAAGCAAAUGAUGAUGCUGGAGAAGCCCAGAUAAAGGUGGAGAAUGCUGAACCCCUCGUUGCUUUUAGCAGGCCGCCUCCGAUCCCUCCUUUCCUUGGACCUCUAGUUGCUCUUUCACUGCUUGAAUCAUGGUCGAAACGAGAUAACAAAGAUGAUUGACAGCGGAUAUGGUUAAUGGCUUAGGACCUUCUACCAAUAGAAGUAAGAAAAUUUUGAAGGUUUUACUGUGCUUGUUAUGGAUGUGAAGUCUGUUUUGUAUGCUACCGUUUAUAUGUAGGAACAUAAUGCCUUCAAAAUGUUGUCCAGUUGUCUUGAGUGUCAAGCAGUGUAUAUGUCUACUUUUGGAACUUCUUAAUAAUGAACAGAGAUAUCGUGUA